GUCGCCCUCCCUCCCCCACUGACCUUCUCCCAUCCACCCCGUCCGCAACCGCAAGCGACCCUCCGAUCCACUUCGAUCCGCCUCUCGGUAAGCUCCGCGCUGAUCCUGUCCUCGUUCCGGCGAUUUCCUUCGCGCUAGGGCUAGGCGAAUGGUGGCGAACCAGGAGUCGGAGGCGGCAUCGGCAGCAUCGCCGGCAGCGGUGGACCCGAUGCGUCUGGCGUCGCGGUGGCGCUCCCCGGCGGAGUGGGAGGCGGCGGCGGCGGAGCUGGAGGCCGACCCGGCGCCGUCCGAGCUCAACACCGUCAACAGCUCGGGCCUCUUUGCCGUCGUCUCCCCUGACAAGAUGUCCGUCAGGUACCUCGGCAGCAACCACCACGGCCACGACGUCGGGGUCGUGCAGGCCAACCGCCCCGCGCCCACGCGCCGGGCCGUGUACUACUUCGAGAUGGGCGUCAGGAACGCCGGGCACAAGGGGCAGAUAUCCAUCGGGUUCACCUGCGAGAGCUUCAAGAUGCGACGACAACCGGGCUGGGAGUCUAACAGUUGUGGAUACCAUGGUGAUGAUGGCUUUCUUUACCGAGGUCAUGGGAAAGGUGAAUCUUUUGGUCCCAAAUUCACAUCUGGUGACACGAUUGGUGCUGGCAUCAACUAUAUGUCACAAGAAUUUUUCUUCACGAAAAAUGGAUCUCUGGUUGGAGCCUUCCCAAAAGAAAUUAAAGUCCCACUAUACCCUUCAAUUGCAGUUCACAGUCAGGAUGAAGAGGCGACAGUAAACUUUGGAAAAGAACAGUUCUGUUUUGACAUUGAGGGUUAUAUUCUUGAAGAGAAGAUGAGGCAACAAUUGAUGGCCGACAAAAUGUUCUUGCAACCGGACAUCAGUCAUUGGAUUGUUCGUUCAUAUCUCCUACAUUACGGCUACCAAGAUACACUAAAUUCUUUUGACAUGGCAAGUGAAACUGAUCCUCCCGCCAAUCAUCAAAAUGGUUAUGGGGAACCUCCUGAAAUGUAUGGUCUUAGCCACAGAAAGCGUUUGCGUCAGCUUAUCAUGAGUGGAGAUAUUGAUUCUACAUUCAAAAGACUGGUGGAGUGGUAUCCACAGGUGAUAAAGGAUGAAAAGUCGGUUAUUUGCUUCUUACUCCAUUCACAAAGAUUCAUAGAAUAUAUCAGGGCUGAACAACUGGAGGAUGCUGUAAAAUAUGGUCGUGCUAACCUUGCCAACUUUUUGACGCACAAAGCUUUUGAGGAGUUGCUGAAGGAGUGUGUAGCCCUGCUUGCAUACGAGAAGCCUGCAGAAUCAUGCAUUGGAUACCUGCUGGACUCUGCCCAGCGUGAAUUUGUAGCGGACGCAGUGAAUGCAGCUAUCCUGUCGACGAACCCUAACAUGAAGGACCCAGAGAGCUGCCUUUACUCAUGCCUCGAGAAAUUACUGAGGCAGCUGACAGUAUGCAGCUUUGAGCGACGCGCUUUCAACAACGACCAAGGAGAUGCAUUCUUACUUCACAAAGAAGUGCAGAAUUCUGAAAGAUCCAGGCGUUGAUAGGCACCAAGUUGUGACGCGCAGAUGAGUAGUGAUCUUGGAUACCAGACUCCAACUGCCUUUGAUGAAAGAAGGGUCACCCUGGAACUGUUGACGGUCGCAUGAUCAAACACACAUUCUUCCCUUUGAAGGUCUGCUGCGACCCUCAAGCUCUUUGGAUUGUGGCUGAACACCAAACUUCAGAGUCGGUCUGUAGCUAGACAUUUGGAAGUUCCUUCCUUCUUGUAAUCAGAAAUCUUUCAUUCAGAUACGGCCAAGAUGCCUGUUUCUGUAAAUUUUUUGGUUGGCUAAGUUGUGAAUGCAAAAAAUGGUCAAUAAUUUGUCCUUCACAUA